UUGACGAGAUCAACGCUCGUAAAGUGCCUCAGCUCAAGACCCUUCUGAAGGUCAGGAAUUCCGGAUUCAUAUAAAUCAGGGAACGCAUUCUCCGAGAAAACAUCGCGAUUGGGCAUAUCUCUAGGCGUUGUGCACAGCGGGCACCAAAAGAUCUAGAGAGGUAACGAAUGGGUUGGGGUCAGACACACAGUCGCGGUUCUUUGAACUAUUUUCCAUUGAUACAACGACUCGGACUUCCGACUCUCUAUCGUACUAUAGAGACCCUGGGUGUGGGACUAGAGAUAAAUUUGACUCCUGGAGUCACGAGUGCUUCGAUGUGCUUCGAUGCGGCGCCCAGCGCCGAGACCAGAAGUUUCAUAAGAAAGGGUAUGAACUUUAUUGCUGGGAAGACCAGUAGGGCGACUGCAGCAAUGCUGAACCUUUGUUUGGCCUGGCACGCCGCACAAGCACGGUCGAACACCAUCGAUAUGUUUAGUAUCCGGCUUGCGUGAACAUCGGGAUGACGAUUUAAUCCACAUUUUAAUGUGCAACUUGAACUUG